UGUCCCUGGGUCCUUGAUUUUUAGAAUAGGACAAAGGUCCUGAAGAGUACAAAACUUCUGUUUGGGUGAUCAAACUGGUCCUCACAAAGUGCUGACACUACUAUAUAGCAGGAAGGAUUAGAAGCAUACCAUAAACGUUUCUAAUACCAGAAAUUUGGGGAACAUCUUUGAAGAAAACUUCUGUCGCAAUGGCAUCAUCCUGUCUGCAGAUUUGUGCAUUGCUGCUGGCCUUAGCAGGAUUCACUACAUCACUUAUUACUACCAUGUCCAGCAGAUGGAAGGUUUUGGGCACCACAACAGAGCUGGAUACUGCAGACUGGGUUUCUGAAGGUCUUUGGAUGGACUGUGCAGCAACUGCUUUUGGAUCAGUAGAGUGCAAGAAAUUUCUCUACAUGCUGAGUUCAGAGCCUCACAUUCAGGCAUGCCGUGCCCUGAUGAUUACUUCCAUCCUUUUGGGAUUCUUAGCUGCAGUACUCUCACUGCUUGGUAUGAAGUGCACAAACAUUGGCUUGAGUGAUGAAGAUGGAAAAAUGAAGUUUACUGUCACAGGAGGAUUUCUUUUUAUUUUAGGAGGUCUCUGCUCCAUGGUGGCUAUUUCUUGGUAUGCUGCAAUGGUUACUGCUCAGUUUUUUAACCAACUGUACGCUGGAACCAAGUAUGAACUAGGAGAAGCUCUGUACUUAGGCUGGACUGGAUCUAUCCUUUAUAUACUUGGUGGGAUCUUACUGACCUGUUCAUGCAGAGGGAAGGAAAAACAGAAUUACAGUCCCAAGAAGUAUGCAUAUUCAGCAGCCCAGGCAGCUUCUCAGCCCCACAUGCACCCCAGGAGCUCUGACACAGUCAUCAGCAACAAGGAGUAUGUCUGAGCUUCCACCCUGCACCACCUGUAGCGUUAGUGGGUUAUGAACUCCAGUAGAGAAGUGAGCUACUUCUUUAUUCUGGUUCCAAGCUGCAAUCCUAUGCCUUAAUUUGGAGCAGUACCAGGAGGAGGUAUGGCUUUCAAUGUAAAUAGGAAUGGUUUUCAGAUGUAAAUAGCUUUCUACAGAAGAUACUGUGAUGUGAAAUCCUGUGGCAUGAAGGUUUUCUGCAUGCUGAGAAGCCUGGUAAAAUUUAACCAGAGUGCAGUAUAUGCUGACACUCAAGAGCAAUGGUUCCUAUUUCAGCUGACUCAAACAUGUGGAACUGAUAGCUGUAUCUGACUGCAAGUUCAUAUGCCUCACAGUUAGAAAUGUGUUUUGUUUUCAUUAAUGUUUAGCUUCCUUUUUUUGUUUAGCAGCUUAAGCUUUUGACAAGAAAUAAACUUUGUUCCACAGACUGAAA